UGGAAGCCGCUCUCUCUGUUACAGCCACAGCUGCCACUAGUGCCACCGCCACGGCCACCAGCUAGACCUUCCCACCAGCCCAGCCGGCAGUGCCACCGUCGCCUUGAACCCUCGCCUUUGGCGUCUAGUUUCCGCACGCUUCCAGGCCCAGGACAGCUUCCACCAUGGCCACCUCGGCUAGUUCUCACUUGAACAAAAGCAUCAAGCAGCAGUACUUGAACCUGCCUCAAGGCAACAAAGUCCAGGCUAUGUAUAUCUGGAUUGAUGGCACUGAUGAAGGUCUACGCUGUAAAACCCGAACCCUAGACUGUGAACCCAAGAGCAUUGAUGAUCUACCUGAAUGGAAUUUUGAUGGCUCCAGCACUUUUCAGUCUGAAGGCUCUAACAGUGACAUGUACCUCAUUCCUGCUGCUCUGUUCCGAGACCCCUUCCAAAAGGAUCCCAACAAACUGGUUCUCUGUGAAGUUUUCAAGUAUAAUCGAAAGCCUGCAGAGACCAAUUUGAGGAAUACCUGUAAACGGAUAAUGGAUAUGGUCUCCAACCACAAACCCUGGUUUGGUAUGGAGCAAGAGUAUACUCUCAUGGGAACAGAUGGACACCCUUUUGGUUGGCCUUCUAAUGGCUUCCCUGGGCCCCAGGGUCCGUAUUAUUGCGGUGUGGGAGCUGACAAAGCCUAUGGAAGAGAUAUAGCAGAAGCUCAUUACCGUGCUUGCCUAUAUGCUGGAGUCAAAAUUGGGGGGACAAAUGCUGAAGUGAUGCCAGCUCAGUGGGAGUUCCAGAUAGGACCUUGUGAAGGGAUUGAAAUGGGAGAUCACCUCUGGGUCGCUCGUUUCAUCCUCCAUCGAGUGUGUGAAGAUUUUGGAAUGAUUGUAUCAUUUGAUCCCAAGCCAAUCCCUGGGAACUGGAAUGGAGCUGGUUGCCACACUAACUUCAGUACCAAGGCCAUGAGAGAGGAGAAUGGUCUAAAGCAUAUUGAAGAAGCAAUCGAGAGACUCAGCAAGAGACACCAAUAUCACAUCCGAGCCUACGAUCCCAAAGGGGGUCUGGACAAUGCCCGACGCCUGACGGGUUUCAAUGAGACCUCCAACAUCAAUGAGUUCUCUGCUGGUGUGGCCAACCGUGGUGCCAGCAUCCGCAUUCCCAGGACGGUUGGGCAGGAGAAGAAGGGCUACUUUGAAGAUCGCCGCCCCUCUGCCAACUGUGACCCUUACGCAGUUUCAGAGGCGCUUAUCCGUACCUGUCUCCUCAAUGAGACAGGAGAUGAACCCUUUCAGUACAAAAACUAAGUGGACUAGACCUACAGAUACCUUCUGUAUCCCCCACCCCAUAACCCUUUUCUCAUUCCCUUUUCCACCUCACCUGUCUCCUCUUCCACGUUUCCCUACUAGAUGUAACUCAGGGCACAAAAUACCACGUUUUUUUGUGCCCACAGAUAACUUCUUGCUUUUCUUUUGUGGGGGAAAGGGAGUAGGGUUGGGUGAUUGUUUUUAAUCUUUUCCCAUCAUUGAGGACUUUUUGAAGACUGAGAAAUAGUAUGUUAGUGGGGAAAAGGGGUUGGGGAACAUAACCACUGCUUCCAUCUAAUCAAGUUUGUACAUCGACAGAGACUUAUGGCUUCCAGGGAAAAAAAAAUAAAAGAGUAAAUAUUUGAGGGAGGCCAGUGGGGGGGGUUGGGGGAAUGGAAAAUGGGUAGUGGGAGGAAUUUACUUUUUUUUUUUUUUCUUGGUGGAGUGGAGAGGAGUAUUAAAUUCAUACACGAGACUGUAUAACCUACUUUUCUUUAAAUAUAAGAAUUAGUAAGGGGUGGUUGUCUCAGCUUAGGUAGGCAGGAAAACAAGCCCUUUGUCUUUUAGCUGUAUGGGCAUCUUUAUAUUUUCCCUGGUCUUAGAGGGGGAAACUCUUGGCCAGAAGAUAGUCAGUAGGCUGUGUGAACCAAUGGGGAUUGCUCAACUUUAGAAAGAGAAAAGGAACCUUCUUGCCACUCAUCCAUCCUCCCUUCACCCAAAGCAGAGUAGUAUUUUUAUAUUUAAA